UCUAAUGGAAGAAAUAAUGGAAGUUGAGUGCAAGUCUAAUGGAAGAGUUGCAUGAAGAAGCGGAACCCCAAAACCCUAGUGGUGCUGCCCGGUAAGGGUUUUAGAAAUUGCGUCCACACCCUCGAGAGUUCGGUGGAAUGCAAUCUGCGCUGCAGCAAUCGACGCAGAGUGUAGUGGGGCUUUGGUGAUGGAGCUGCCCGACAUGUUGGAUCGGGGCUUGUCGAUGUCAGAUUCGACGAGCAAUGCCUUCCAGGGAGACCCUCGGUUACAGCGGUUUCGUGACUGGAUGCAGAUAAAUGGUGUACAAUCACGAUUCUGUGAAAUAAGACCCAGCUCAAAUGGAGAAAAUGCAGGAUUUGGCUUAUUUGCUACCAAGGACAAUGCUCAAGGGGUGCUGAUGGUGACCCCUCUUCUCCUGGCAAUUACCCCCAUGACUGUUCUGCAAGAUCCUGAGCUGGGAGGCCAUUACUGCAAGUUAAUGGAAGAGGGUGAAGUGGACGAUCGCUUGCUAAUAAUGCUUUUUCUUGUCAUCGAACGUGCGCGAGGUCGAUUCUCGUUUUGGGCCCCGUAUUUAGAAAUCCUGCCAUUCAAAUUCGGGACUCCUCUUAGUUUCUCCGAGGAAGAACUUUCAGAGUUGAAGGGAACGCACCUUUUUCAAGCAACUCAGCAACAGCGAAGAGCGCUGAGUUCAUCUUUCAAUGAAAAAGUGAAAGCUUUUGCUGAUACGGCAUUAUCAUCUGUUGAAUCUGAGAGAAGAGAAGUUGAACUUCAAGAUUUUAUGUGGGCAAACUCCGUAUUUUGGACUCGUGCUUUAAAUAUCCCUUGUCCACACUCUUUUGUCUUUCCAUCCCAGCUUCCUAUUCCACCAGCUCUUCGACCUCUUCAAUCGGUGAAUGAACCUGAUAGUCAACAGCCUGCCGCACCAAAAGAGAAUACUCCCAACAAGGUUAAAGAUGAGCUCACAGCCUGUCCAAGCAUGGCAGAUAAGAAUGACAUGGGUUGUAACGACGCUAGCACUCACAGGAACCAAAUUAUCGCAGAUUUGCAAUCAAUCAGUGAAGUGUCGAAAUUGGGAAUUCCAGAGGAGAAUAAUCGUUUUGCUGUUGACCUUGACUCGACAACACAUAAAAAGCCUGAAGAAUCCAGCGCCGCUGAUACCGACGAUGUGAAAAUCCCUUCUUCUGUUUGGGUUGAAGGUCUUGUCCCAGGAAUCGACUUUUGCAAUCAUGAUCUCAAGGCAGUUGCUUUAUGGGAAGUUGAUGGUCCUGAAGGUUCUGUAACUGGUGUUCCCAACUCUAUGUACCUUGUCACUGGAGGACUUGACGUAGUCAUUUCAAACGGCUCAGAGAUCUUUAUCAGUUAUGGGAACAAAAGCAAUGAGGUAUGUAACACGGAGUUACUGUACCUUUACGGAUUUGUUUUAGUGGAAAACCCCGAUGACUAUCUCAUGAUAUACUUCCCUAAGCAGGCUUUGGAGUAUAGUGUCUGCAGCGAUACCAAGUCCCAGCUCCUUGAACAAUUGAAUCUUCCUCUGCGUUGGCUCGUUCCUUCUUCAGAGUUGAAAAGAGGUUUCUGUUGUGAAUCAAACUUACAUAUGCUAUCUGAAACCCCGGCUGAGUCUGGGAAGCCAAUUAUCACCGGCCAUAGCUGGACUGGCCACCGCAAGUCAUCGGCGCUCGCUGAGAAAGUGGUGUUUCCUGAAGAACUCUUGACAGCGUUGAGAAUUGUUUCCAUGGAAGAGGAUGAGGUUUACCAUGUUGUUGCCAUGCUGGAAGAGAUAUCAGAUCCAGAGGCUGGACGAAUACCCACAGAUGCAGAUAUUAAAGCAGCAGUGUGGGAGACGUGUGGAAAUGCAGGGGCUUUGCAGUUGCUUGUUGACUUGCUGACAUCCAAGAUGAUGGAGUUAGAGGAGGGUACAGGCACGGAGGAUAUGGAUUCCGAGUUGUUGGCCAAGGAUAGUAAGGCUCGCUCGCAGACCAAGGAGCAGAGUCGUUUAAAAAGGACUAAUGGAAAUGAUGAGCUGCAACAAGGCUACAGCCGACUGUCUGACAACAAGAGAUCAUCUGUUGUGUAUCGGAUGGGUCAAAAAUGCCUCACACGUCGCUUUCUACAAGAAGCUGAAACGGCCCUUCACGUUUGUGUAGAUCAUAUCUCCUGAAUGUAGCCCUUUGAUUGAUGACAAAUGAAGGUCAACCUGAUGGCAGACAAUGAUUUCUUCUAAGAAAGUUCAUUCUUUGACAAUGUUAGAAAUGUGCUUAGUAAGCACUGUGAUCAGUGUCUUUUUUGCAUCCUGGAUUUCUCGCGAUGAUUAUAAGGGGCACAUGUACUGGCUUGGUGUACGACCUCUUCAUUUGGAUUGAAUCCUAUGCAGCUUCACCGGACGCACUUUUUGCUUA